AUGAACCAGGAGAUCGAGAUGCAGGCGGCGGCCUUCAAAGACAAGAAAUGGGGGUCCCCAGCCAAUAAAGAAGGUGCAGAUGACCCUGCCUAUGAGAAUAUCACCUUCAAAACCCAGCACCAGCCAAAGGGCAGUCAUUCACCACCCAAGAGUAAGGCCCAGUCCAAGCCACCCUCCAACCCUGCCCAGGUCCCCCAUUGGUUGCCUAGAGCCAUGAUGAGUCUGUAUGUUCUCCUCGCUCUGUCCUGCAUCGUCCUCUUAGCCUUGGUCCUGGUGAAGAAUUCCGAGAUGUCCCAGGAGCUGCUGGUCUUGAGAAGGGAGCUCCAGAACGUCUCCCUUUCAGUGAGAGAGUGCCAGGACAAGGAGAAGAAGCGCUGGAGCGAUGUCGAGCAGGGCAUUGACACGGUCAAGAGCAAGGUCCAUGAAGGGAACCAGAAACUGAGGACGCUGGCGACAGUCUCAAACAUAAACGAAAUCAAGGCUACAUUACAGAAAAUCCUCCAGAUGUUGAAGAUGCCAAAUCCAAACAUGCGUAUGGACCCUAAGACAAGUGGACAUGUUCGCAUGGACAUAUGUGUGUCCCUAAGACAGAUGGACGACCCGUGCCGCUGUCCCCUUGAUCACGGGCCAACCAAGGCCAACCAGGCCCCCGGCCCGGGCCGCACCCCUCUGGAAUCACAGAGCGCGCCCCGCCCGUCCCGCCUCGGCGCCUGCGCACGCCGGGACUUUUACGGCGCCGUAAAGCAGCUCGGCCGAAUUGGCUGCCGCAAGUCCCGGUGA